AUUACAUUUUGAUUUCAUUCAUUUUUCACAAGCAUUACAAAUUCUAGUGUAAAAAUAUUGAAUUAUAAAUACAUAUGUAUACAUUUUAUUAUAAAAAAAUUUAAAUGGAAAUACAAAAAACAUUAUCGACGCCUAAACCGCCAUCUAAAACAGCUUUUUUGAAAACGAGAAAUGGAAAAUGCCACCGGCCUAGCGGAACACUUCAUCGGAAUCCAUAUUUAAACUUUUUAAGAGAAUUCCGUUUGCGCAAUACUGGGCUAUCGGCGGUCGAGAUUAUACGUCGCGGUGCCAGGGAGUGGAAAAGUAUGCCCAAGGAGGACAAAUUGCAGUAUAUAGAAGAGGCUUUUUAUGCACCGAAGAAAAGGAAGCCACCACCACCACCACCGGCACCGUUACCCGCGCAGCCGACACAAAUGCGCGUGACGCCAUUCCAAGACACUUGUAUAGUAUGCCCGAAUCCUUGUGCGAAAAAACGUCGCAGAAGAAAGGCGAGAUGUGCCCGCAGACGCAGACCUAAGAGGAGGCGUUGCGCCAAGAAACGGCGUCCAAAACGCCGGGGCUGCAAACGUAGAAAGAGAAAAAGCUGCAGAAUUUAGUCGACGCGGGAUUAGGAACAAGGAAAGUGAUAUUAAAUUAAAAAAAAUCAAUUCGUGUUUAUGGAGUAAGCGUGUUUAGUAGUUUUUAGUAGUCUGGCAUAAAAUGUGUGUGAAUAAAUGAAAAAAAUUUUGUAUAUUUUUAA